CCCCAAAAUGGCGACACGAUUGAAAAGUUGAUGGUGUUUUGUCUGUUUGUUUGCCCCUUAUCUUUUCAAUGUAGUUGUUUUAAUAAUACCAACUCACUGCCACCCGACAUAAGUGCUUUUGACAACGCUAGAAUUGAAUGUUAUCGAAGUUACAAACGGUUGUUAUUUCACACCUUUUAUGAGGACUGACGGCCACCUUGGCGAAUUGGCUAGCUACUAUGCUAACUAACUAGCUUUUAAUUUGGGUGGAAAUGUCAGAGAUUGUCGCUGUGGCUCUAGAUGCCUAAUAUAGUUGUUGAAGAAAUCCCCUGUUGAAGUGAGCAUGAAGAGGAUCUGCACAUAGAGAUGGAGGAGGAUGUGAAAAAAGUGAAAAAGCCGGGUAUCGUGUCUCCCUUCAAGCGUGUGUUUCUGAAGGGAGAGAAGGGUCGGGAUAAGAAGGCUCAGGAGAAGGCUACAGAACGCCGUGCCCUCCACACCUUCUCCCUCCCCGACCACCGCAUCGACCCUGACAUCCUGCUCAAUGACUACGUAGAGAAGGAAGUCAAGUACUUGGGCCAGCUGACGUCAGUACCGGGAUACCUGAACCCCUCCAGUCGAACGGAGGUCUUACAGCUCAUCGACAAUGCCAGGAAGUCCCACCAGUUGGCGGGUCAGCUGACUUCGGAGCAGGAUGCAGUGGUCAGUCUGUCGGCCUAUAACGUGAAGCUGGUGUGGCGGGACGGAGAGGAUAUCAUCCUGCGUGUUCCCAUCCACGAUAUCGCUGCCGUGUCUUACAUACGAGACGACUCACUACACCUGGUGGUGCUCAAGACAGCCCAGGAGGCAGGUGUGUCCCCGUGCCCCAGUACCUGUCCUGACCUGUCUGAGAGUGGAGCUGUACUGGUAGAGGUCUGCUGUCUGCUAGUACUGGCUGUGGAUAACAAGGCGGCAGCAGAGGAGUUGUGUCUCCUGCUCUCCCAGGUGUUCCAGAUCGUUUACACUGAGUCCACUAUAGACUUCCUGGACAGGGCCAUCUUUGACGGAGCCACCACCCCCACCAGGCACCUCUCUCUCUACAGUGACGACUCUUCAAGUAAGGUGGACCUUAAGGAAGCCUUCGAAGCAGAGGCCAGCACCUUUUCUUUCCAGGGUUCUCUGGAGACAGGGGGUGACUCUCCGUCCCCUUCCUCCACCCCAGCCUCCCCUCAGACCAAGACGGCCAGCGAAGGAGAGCUGAGCACCACCGCCACAGAGCUGCUACAAGACUACAUGACCACGCUGCGUACCAAGUUGUCGUCUCAGGAGAUCCAGCAGUUUGCUACUCUUCUUCACGAAUACCGUAACGGAGCGUCCGUCCAUGAGUUCUGUAUCAACCUCCGUCAGCUCUACGGGGACAGCAGGAAGUUCCUCCUACUGGGUCUGAGGCCGUUCAUCCCAGAGAAGGACAGCCAACACUUUGAGAACUUCCUGGAGACCAUCGGCGUUAAGGACGGCCGUGGCAUCAUCACCGACAGCUUCGGACGCUACCGCCGCACCGCCAGCUCCGCCUCCGACUCAACCACCAAUGGGAACGGGGCGGCGGGAGGGGACGGAGGCGGGUCUGACGAAGGGUUGGCGCCCUCCGAAGGAGACGAGUGGGACCGCAUGAUCUCUGAUAUCAGUAAUGAUAUAGAGGCUCUGGGCGUUAGUAUGGACCAAGAAGGGGUCACACCCUAGCCUCUACCCCCUAGUCUCUAACCCCUACCCUCGAAGACUGUGCUGCAGUAUGGACCAAGACGGGGUCACACCCUAGUCCCUAACUCGUCCCCCCUAGUCCCUAACUCGUCCCCCUAGUCCUAACUGGUCCUAAC